CCCCCCCCCGCCCCCCCAGCGCCAGCAUGGACCCCAGCAGCUGGAGUGGCAGCGAGAGUCCGGCCGAGGACAUCGACCACAUGAGUGAAUCGGCUGACAAACCCAUGGACCACGAUGCCGAGGGCGUGUGGAGCCCCGAUAUCGAGCAGAGCUUCCAGGAGGCCCUGGCCAUCUACCCGCCCUGCGGCCGACGCAAGAUCAUCCUCUCCGACGAGGGCAAGAUGUACGGUCGCAAUGAGCUGAUAGCCAGGUACAUUAAGCUGAGGACGGGGAAAACAAGGACAAGGAAACAGGUUUCCAGCCAUAUUCAGGUUCUUGCCCGGCGGAAAUCUCGUGAGUUUCAGUCUAAACUCAAGGUCACAAAUAUGGACCAGAGUGUGAAGGACAAAGCGCUGCAGAGCAUGGCCUCUAUGUCCUCGGCACAGAUCGUCUCGGCCACUGCCAUCCACAACAAGCUGGGCCUGGCUGGCAUCCCUAGACCCACCUUCCCUGGAGCAGCUGGGUUCUGGCAGGGUAUGAUCUCGACAGGCCAGCCAGGAUCCUCACAAGACAUCAAGCCUUUCGUGCAGCAGGCCUACCCCAUCCAGUCCGUGGCCACAGCCAUUUCAGGUUACGAGCCCCCCUCCAGCACCACGACCCCCACUACCCCAGCCUGGCAGGGCCGUUCUAUCGGCACCACCAAACUCCGACUAGUGGAUUUCGCUGCUUUCCUGGAACAACAGCGGGACCCAGACGCGUACAAUAAGCACCUCUUUGUGCACAUCAGUCAGACGAAUCACUCGCACAGCGACGCCCAUCUAGAGGCUGUGGACAUCCGUCAGAUUUAUGACAAGUUCCCGGAGAAGAAGGGGGGACUGAAAGAGCUGUUUGGCAAAGGACCUCAAAACGCUUUCUUCCUGGUGAAGUUCUGGGCUGACUUGAACUGCAAUAUCCAGGAGGAAUCCGGAGCUUUCUACGGCGUCACUAGCCAGUACGAGAGCUCGGAGAACAUGACCAUCACCUGUUCCACUAAAGUCUGCUCCUUCGGCAAGCAGGUGGUGGAGAAGGUGGAGACGGAGUAUGCGCGUUUUGAGAAUGGACGCUUUGUGUACAAGAUCAGCCGGUCACCCAUGUGUGAAUACAUGAUCAACUUCAUUCACAAGCUCAAACACCUGCCGGAGAAAUAUAUGAUGAACAGUGUACUGGAAAACUUCACCAUCUUACUGGUGGUGACGAACAGAGACACCCAGGAGACGUUGCUGUGCAUGGCGUGUGUUUUCGAGGUGUCCAACAGCGAGCACGGCGCCCAGCACCACAUCUACCGGCUGGUGAAGGAAUGAGGGAGGGAGGGAGAGAGGGAGGGAUGGAGAGAGAGGGAGAAAGGGAGAGAAGGAGGGAUGAAGAGCCAUCCUCCUAGCUGUUCCCGCUGCUGGAGUGUGCCCUGACAAGAGACAAAACCCAGGACAUGGACUACACACACUCACCACACGGCCAGGGCCAGAGCGCCAGACUCUCACACGGAACGACAGACAGACAGAGAGAGAGAUGAAAGGAAUGAAAGCGUUGAAGGACUGAGAAGGUUGCAUUUCUUCUUCUUUUUCCUCUUUUUAAUUUUUUUUUUUGCUAGUGGCUGUGCCUCUAAAGAAAGACCCCCACCACCACCCCCUCCACCACACACACACACAGAAGCUUUUAAAAAAUGUUUUUUGUUGUUGUUUGUUUGUUUGUUUUUUUACUUUUUACCCUGGUUACAUAAGGGUGGCAUCUCCUGUCAUUGAUUUGACUAUUAAUAUUUCUCAGUGUCUUUUUUAAUGUACCUUGUGUAAGAGUGCAGCGGUUCAAUGGCGGUACUGUUGUUUUUUUUAAUUGUUGUUUUUUUUCUCGUUCUUUCUGUUUUUGGUUGUUAUUUUUUUUUUAAAUAAGUGUCUCCAUGUUUUCUGUGAAUAACUAGUCAGUGUCUGUUUGGUUGUAGAUGGUUUUACUGCAUAGGAUAGGAUAAAUCUCCACUCACUCGUUCUAAUCCACACUGCCAUUAAGAAGCUUACUUUCAGGGGGGAAACAAUCUUGCGUACAAUCUUGUCACCAAUAUUAUAAGAUUAAAAGAUAUUUAAAUGUCAUAAGAAAGACUCGUAACCUAAACCAUGUCGACUGAGGACAGACAUGUUUGGUGUUACUUUAGACUUAGUGAAGUAACCAAGAAAUAUAUUUGAUGUGGAUAUGUACAGUAUAUAUCGCAAAGGCUCCAAGAAAAGACUUAGACAAGCACACUCGUAACAAUCCUUACUCAUGCCAAUUAAAAAACAAACAAAAAAAACAUUAACUAACUAUUAAACAAUAACACAUCAGGAAUGAUCACAUUUCAGCUCGAAGGUUCAGGUUCAGAGGUACUCCAUGUACAGACCAGCAGAGUAACAUUAGUUCACAUUCAUUGUAAAAAAAAACUAUUUUGAAAUGCCUUUUAGCGCUUACUAAUUAAGAAGAAAAACAGUCCUGGCUGUUAUCUGCAGGUGUUAGCACCCACCCACCCCCAUGAAUUGUGGCCUACAAAUUCCACAUUCAUAAAGCCUUAAUCUAGCUGGUGUGAACUUCUUAAAGCUGUGAACUCUUUCCUAAGACGUCCUCCUGUUGUUAUCACACAAGUCAGUGCGGAAUGAACAGUACAAAAACUGCCAAAGCAAAUGUAGUCUACAGUGCCUUAGUGUUACCACCCAGACCCUGCAGCGACAUUCAGCCCACUAAGAACACUGGCCACGCGUACGAGUAGUUUUACUGAGGAAUACGUUUUCAACUCGUCUUUUUCCCCAACAUGGCGUCCAUUUACAUAGAAUAUAUGAAUAUUUGUGGUUAUGUACAAAGAGGAGCACAGAUUGCAGACUAUACAGGUGCAUGAACUAUUUAUAAAUGCCAUCGAAGCUAGCCUUUUUUCUGUACCAAAAAUGACCAAAAAAUUAUAUUUUUUAGAUGCCAGUCCUUUGGCAUGUCUGAAUGUGCGCUGUAGCAUGACAAGUGCCUUUGGAUUGGACCCUCCAGUUUAGACAAGAAGGUGCUGCAAAGCCGAAAAACCAAAAAAAAAAGAAGAAGAAGAAAAAAAACAACUGCAGUUUAGGGAGAGGAUCACCAUAAUGCCUUCUUAUCAGCUAUUUCCUUUUUGGUCGUGUUCAUUUGGAGCUAGAGAUUUGCUUACAUUUGAAGUACCCUCCAAUGUAGUUCAUGCCAAGUGAUAUAUAGCUAGCAGAGAGAACCCUGAAUGUCUAGUGCCAUGAUGUCCAGUAGAAAGUACGCUAAACAUGUUGGCAACAGUUGUCAUACAUCUACCCAUAUCUGAUGGAUUCAAAUCAAUACAGUAGUAGACAAUAUAAAGGCGAUUUUUAGGAAACCUGCGUAACACAAUCCACGCUAACACAGUAAUACUAACACAGACCAAUCCCUAACAACACAUUUAUCAAGCACAGUGAAUGGGUUUAUAAUAUAAAUAUACAUGUUUUUAAGGGGGGAAAGCUCCGUAUUCCAUCUCCAAAUCAUCAUCCCCAUCCUCAGUCUCUCCCUUAUGUACAAAUCCUCCAUGUCCCCAGUGUUACCGAUGGAUAUACCGCAUUUUGUGAACCACAAAUCCUGGUUUGUGUAAUUGUCUAUAUUGUUACUGGAUGUGAUGCUGUAGCGUCACUGAGGUCUGUUUCAUUCUUUUGUGUGGGGAUUUUGUUCUUACUUUCCUCCUAAAUUGAAAAGCUCACGAAUGUGUGUGUCUUGUUUAAGAGAUGAAUAUUUCUUCAUAGUGCGAGACUUUGAAUUCAAGGUUACACUCAGACUUCUGCACUGCUGGUACGCUAAACACGGCAAUUGCAUCUUAAAAAGCGAUACCUCAGCAGUACUUGAGGAUUCAAAUAUUCUUUUUAAUUAUUGUUGUAAUUUUUUUCCUUCUAAUAUGAUGAAUUCUUCGGGAAAUAAUAUUUUGAUAAAAAAAAUGGACAUUAAAAAGGACUGGACAUGUUAGCAGUAUCCAGGUUGUGUUCUCGUUUUUCUCUUCGUCUGUGACUAGGUACUGGUACCUUUAUGUUACUAUUUGUUCUGUGUUGAGAUUGAGCUGGAGUCCUCUUUGUUUGGAAAAAGCACUGUAAGAAGUAUUGGUUUUGUGCUGAAAAAAAAAAUGCAAGGUGCUUUUGUGUAAAGAAGAUUAUGUAUGUCGGAUUUCUUUGUACAAAUGUUAAAUAUAUUUUUUUUUCCUUUUAGAUUAUGAGGAUGUGGGGGAAAAAACGUGUGUUUUCAUUGCACCCAGAUGUGUGCCUGCUCUGUAAUAUUUACGUGCAGAUAAAGUGUUAGAUAUUUUAUAGAUUUCUAGUACAUUUGUCAAAAUUAUUCAAGGGAAAUAAAUGAUACUCUAUAAUUUC